CGACUGGCACCUGUGGCUCCCUGAGAUCUGUCCAACGCUUGUGCCAAACGGUAGUUCCUCUGUUAUCAAGGCAACCUGACCGUACAACUGAAUGGCACCAGCUUUAGCCUGCAUGAGGAGUCCAGUCCAGCCUGACAGAGUCCAGAAGCUAAGGGUCACUGCAGUGUCUCUGCCGGCCUCAUCAUGAACCUGGAGCCACCCAAGAGUGAGAUUCGGUCAGCCACACGGGUGAUGGGAGGGCCGGUCACCCCCAGGAAAGGACCACCUAAAUUUAAGCAGCGGCAAACAAGGCAGUUCAAGAGCAAGCCCCCCAAGAAAGGCGUGCAAGGGUUUGGGGACGAUAUCCCUGGAAUGGAAGGCCUGGGAACAGAUAUAACCGUCAUCUGCCCUUGGGAGGCCUUCAACCAUCUAGAGCUGCAUGAGCUGGCCCAGUAUGGCAUCAUCUAGUCAGACUCCCCCUACGUGAGUGAGCCCUGUGGAAGCUACCUGCUGAAGACCCACUCUACCAUCUGUAAACCCUGUCCAGGACCCCUGCCCAAGCUUGAGCCUGAGUCCCUAGACUCCCCUGGAACAACCUCAGGCCCUGACACCAGAUUCUGAGAGCCUACAGCCUCCCACAGGACACCCCAUUGACCUGAAGUCACUGAGCAGCAGAAAGAAGGGAGUGGGACACAGCCCCACCUCCUGUCCUUCUUGUGGCUGUAACGCAGGGUUGGACUCCCCAGUAAUGUUUCCCCUGAACUGCCUUCUGAGGAUAAGGAAGUUCCUCUGUCUUGCAGCCGUUCCAGAUGGGUGUCUUGGGGUGGGACACUGUCCUGGGGUGAUGUGGCAAGAGAGACUAAGCUACCCCACCCAUUAUACCAACCUUCCCAACAUACUCUUGUCCCUUGUCCCUAUUUCGAAAUAAAAUUAGCUAUGUCCUUGCUUA